CUCGCCUGGUGUGCGAAUAUAGAACUCUGGUUGCGGCAUCUGCCUUCCACCUACUUAAAAUCCACAUCGCCGGACCAAUGCCAUCUCACUUCAGCCACAAAGAACCACCACCACCACCAUGGGAAUUACUCCUCCUCUCCCAAUAAGACACCACCAUAACAUUACCGCCGCAGCCCCUCCUCCUCCGCCGCCUCCGCCGCCUGACGGCCACCACAAGUCGUUCUCAUCGCUCAUGCAUUUCUACUGGGGCACACAUGCCGAGAUCCUAUUUUCGGGUUGGCCCGGAAACAGUAAGGGGAUGUACGGCCUGGCGCUCGUCUUCGUGUUUUUCUUGGCCGUGUUCGUGGAGAUGUUCUCCAACAUUAAUCUUGUCAAACCCGAGUCAAAACGGGCUGGCCCGGUCGUUUUACAGACGGUGGUCCAUGGAAUCCGGUCCGGAUUGGCGUUCAUGGUGAUGCUGUCGGUGAUGUCGUACAAUGGAGGAGUUUUCAUUGCCGCUGUCUUGGGCCAUGCAGUUGGUUACGUGAUUUUCGGAAGCCCGGUUUUCAAAAAGGGCUCCAGCAACAGUUAACGAUGUGGAUCAGUCGGAAAAUAUCAGGGCCUCGUGGGCUUUUGUUUUGGUUACAAAUCAUGUGAGAUCUUCUAAAAAAUUUUCAAUUACGGGACAACGUAAUAUUGUUUUAUUCUUUUUUUUUUUUUUUUUGAAUUUACAUCUUCUCCGCCACUGGAUUUAUUGCAGUUGUGACGAAAGAUUGUUCUUUUUUUUUUCCCCUAAAAACGUGUGUGUGUGUGUGUGUUUUUUUGAAAUGGCCUCAAAAAGUGUUAAGAGUUUGUAUGUUGAUGAAUGCAAACAUAUAAUUAAUAUAAAAUGUGUUCUAAGAGUCUAGAGAUGUAGGAUCUUGAUGACUUUUUGUUAGGUUCACAUUUUAGUUUUCAUAAAGGAUCAAUUUGUAUACUUAUAAGUUUUUAAUAUAAUUUGACAAAGAAUAAGAUCA